AUGAAAAGGAGCUUGGUUCAUUUGCGUUCGCGACACAGGUCUUCUCGAGCCAAGCCCGCCAGGGCCAAAGUCCUAACGGACAAGUGCCUGCAGCAGCAUUUCAGCCACUCCCCAGCCGCGCCUCGCUGCUACCCUCCUGCUCCCCUGCUUCCACCUCAGGCUUCCCCACCCGCGAGGAUCCAUCGCACUCACUCACCGACACAGAAACCAGAGUCAAGCUUUCCGCGGCAGCAGCGGCUCCGGCCGGAAGCCCCCGCGACUGGGAUGACAGACCCCGGAAUUCCCUCAAAUCCCAUCUCUCCUGUCCCACUUUCGGCACUCGAGCCGGUUCGCUCCAGACUAUUUCCUUCUACGGUAAUAGAGCGUGGUUCAGCAGAGGUUGCUGCGGGCCAUUACCCCUCACCCCCACCCCCACCCCCCCGUUACCACGGAACGGUUACCAGACCAUUAAUGGUUGUUCAGCCAUUGGUCUGUGCACAGCAAUGCUCCCCCCCCACCCCCCCGAAAACCCCCCACCUGAGGGUGGGGUGGGGUGAGGAGCCUGAGAGGCAUUUGGGUUGGGUCCCUGGCUGCCUUAGGGAUGAGAACUGGACAGGGUCUGGGGACCUGGCCCUGAAGGAGCAGACAACUGAAAUCUGCCUCUCUAGACAGGACUUAGUCCUCAGAUUGUGAACGUUGUGCCUUGGGACCUUGCCCUUUGUUGUCAGAACAGAGAAUAUUUACCUGAUGGAGAUUUACAGGAACAUCGAUACCUGACCAUGACCGGACCUCCAGAACAAAGACACCAGGAAGUUUGCAACAACUAACGUCGUGCCUCUCUCACCUUUCCUAUAAAAGGGCUUUGCUGAAAGCUUUUGGGGAGUUUCCCUGAUGGGUCAGCUCGUAAAGAAUCCGCCUGUAAUAUGGGAGACCUGAGUUCAAUCCCUGGGUUGGAAAGAUCCCCUGGAGAACAGAAUGGCA